AUGAACUCGAUUUGGGGUCACUUAAAGGUGAUCCAGGAGAAAGAUUAUAUUCAACAAGGUCCUUGUCAACCUUCCAAGCAUCAAUUUCCCAAAUCUCAAAUAGGAGGAAGAAUGCGUCAAUUUGUUCCAAGUUGGUUCAAUGGCCAAUUUUCUAAAUGGUUGGAGUAUAGUGUAAAGAAAGAUGCGGCAUUUUGCUUAUGUUGUUAUUUUUUCAAAAAUGAAUUUAUUCAUAGAAGUGUGGGUGAAUUUUAUACAAAAAAUGGUUUUAGGGAUUGGAAUAAGGGUCUUGAAAGAUUGCAUUUACAUGUUGGUGAUGUUAAUAGUGCCCAUGAUAAAUGUUUCAAGAAGAUGCUAGAUUUAUCAAAUUAUCAUCAAUCAAUUCAAGUUGUUUUUGAUAAGCACUCCGAGAAGUUGAAAAGUGAGUAUCAAAUGCGUUUAGAAGCAUCAAUUGAUGUGGCAAGACUUCUAUUGUUGUAUGGAUUGCCUUUUAGGGGUCAUGACGAAAGUGAAUCUUCAACAAAUCAAGGCCUCUUUCUAGGAUUCUUACAAUGGCAUGGGGACAAUCAUCUGGAUGUGGGAAAAGCAAUAUUAGAAAAUGCUCCACAAAAUGAUACUUUGACUUGCCCUAUGAUCCAAAAGGAUAUUAUCAAUGCUUGUGCAAAAAAAAUAUUAAAGGCUAUAAUUGGAGACUUGAAUGGAGAUUACUUUGGUAUAUUAGUUGAUGAGUCCAAAGAUAUCUCACACAAAGAACAAAUGGCUCUUGUUUUGCAUUAUGUUGAUAAGAAUGGUGAACUGGUAGAGAGAUUUGUUGGUCUUGUCCAUGUUAGUAAUACAUCGGCAUGCUCAUUGAAGGAAGCAAUCUACUCUUUGCUUUUGGACCACUCACUAAGUCCAUCCUAA